AUGGAGUGGGGGCGCCUUUAUCUCUUUCCCAAGUUCGGCGUAGACGCCGGCUGGUUCGAGCAGUACACGUGGGCUCUAUUUAAGGCCAUGUCACACAUGCUCUCCAUCGGUUAUGGACGCUUUCCGCCCACGAGCCCAGGUGAAGCCUGGAUCACCAUUAUCAGCAUGAUGACCGGGUCCACCUGCUAUGCUCUCUUCGUGGGUCACGCCGCGGCUCUCAUCCAAUCAUUUGAUUGCUCAAAAAAAAUGUACCGAGAAAAGUUUAAACAAGUAGAAGAGUACAUGGCGUAUCGCAAGUUGCCGCGAAUUUUACGACAGAAGAUUGCUAACUACUAUGAGCACCGAUAUCAGGGAAAAAUGUUCAACGAGGUGAUUAUCUUGGAUGAACUCUCUGAAUGUCUUCGAGAGGUGAGCUUUCGAAUUAUCCCUUUACCGCUUUUCAAUCUCCACUUUCAGCUAAAUCCCUUUUCUGUGUUUAAAGCCAUACACGCUUGGAAUACCACAGCUACCCCAGUUAAUGUCACUCCUCAAGACCAGUUUGUAUCACUUUUCUGCAAGACACCCAUUCACGAGGUCACUUCGAGAAUUAGCCAAUUCCAGAACCAAGAGAUACGGUAG